GACGAUAAGAGUGGAAAAAAGUGAGUCGUACUAAUGUUUUCUUUUUUUUCAAGUCGUUGUCGUACUUACGUAAAGUCACAAAAUCGUGUUUAAAAUUUAUCUGUACGAUAUCAUUUCCAAUGACGUAACGCAAAUUCUCAACAAAAAAAAAAAAAAAAACGAAGGAAAUUUAUCAGUUUCCCUUUUUUAAAGGUCAUACGUAUAUAAUUUUCAAGUCAGCAAUUUUAACUAGCAGUAUAGAUACGGUUUAUUCGACUCUAGUUACAAGUUGGAAAUUCAACGUAAUACGUACCUACCUACCUACACAACAAGUGUCUACCUACGUAAACCCAUACGAGGAGCCGAAACCAAAAAUUGAAGUCGAAAAAAAUUUGUGAGUAUUGGCAUCGUACGUGGUACCCAUAUUACGUGUAACAUAAUGAAGGAUCACAUUCGCAGUACGUGUUUACUCUUUUAUAAUUAAUGUAUUUUUAAUGAAGUACGUUUGUGACGAGCAACGUUUUAAAAAAGUGUGAAAAAACACGAUAUUUCUUCUUUACGAACUCGGUGAGCUGAGCUUUCAAUAACACAGUAUGGAUAACCGCGACGACGCCGACGACAAAGAUAAUCACGUUAACAGUAAAAGUUCAAUUAUACGUAACAUCGAGACGAACAGCGUGAAUUACAAUUCGAUCAGCAGCAAAUUUCCGUAUCUGAGAAGCAACAGUCUCGAGACGAUAUACGCCUUCGAUAACCCAUCAUUUCUGCCGGAUGGAUUACCAUCAUCUCAGCCAGGUAAAAAUGGAAUACCUCCUCUACCAAACAUACUGGAUACGCACAGCUUCUACGAUCCUCAUGAUUUUGGCAAAGAGCAACACGCCACAUCGUUUUGGGAAACGGUACUGCAUAUUUUAAUCAUAUCUGCCGGCCCAGCUGUGUUCACAUUGCCGGCUACUUUUUUGAACGUAGGAGCGACGGUCGGAUUGAUCGGCGGUUUGCUCGUCAUCUGUUUUUACGCUUACAACGUACGUAUGUUUGCCGACGCCGAAUACCAAAUAUGCAAAAAGAAACGAGUGCCUAAUUUAUCGUACUCGGAUACCGUGUUUUUCGCUUUGAAAACAGGCCCCGAAAGCGUCCACUUCCUAGCGCCGUACUGUCGAGUCCUAACCUAUUUGGUAUUUGCCAUCACUUGGGCAGGAGGUAACGCUUUUAAUUUAAUUCUGAUUGGUGAAAAUUGCAGAACUCUUUUUAUGUUAUUUUUCAACCAAGAAAUUAAUAUAAGAGUAGCGAUGAUUUGCAUAAGUGUACCCUUACUAUUCCUAUGCUGGAUCCCAAAUCUGAAGUAUUUAGUUACCGUAUCAACUAUAGCCAAUUUCAUGAACCUGUUAAUCAUACUUUACGUACUUUACUUCGUUUUCGACGACUCGAAACCAUUUCAACCACGAAAAGAACCGAUUAAUUUGAUCGACGUGCCUCUAUUUCUAGGCUCCAUAUUAUUCUGUAUAAAUGCUACAGGUAUCUUGAUACCUCUGAAGAACGAUAUGCGAGAGCCGAAAAAAUUCAACUCAACAUUCGGCGUAUUAACCGUAUCGUACGUAGGCAUAGCCGUCCUGAUAAGCAUUUUCGGUACGUUAUGUUCGCAAAAAUUUGGAAACAACGUACACGCGAAUGUAUUACUGAAUUUACCCGUCGAACAUCCCGUCGUUAAGUUAAUAUUGCUAUUAUUUUUACUAAUUCUAUGCUUACAAUUUCCUCUGGUAACUUACGUGGUUUACGAUACCGCCUGGAAUAAUAUGUUACGCGAAUACAAGAGCAAUGUUACGCAUAAAUUACUUUCCGAAUACGUUGUAAGGACUACGAUAGUCGCGCUCAUCUUGAUAAUGGCUUUCAUCGUACCGAAUAUUCAAUUGUUUUUAUCCUUCAGCGGGACUGUUGGCACAUCUUUCGAUAGCAUGUUGUUUCCGACUAUAGUCAAUACAUUGGUGUGUUUUCGUAAAACCAAUAAUAGUAAGAAAUACGUCUUUAUUUUAUGCAAAAACGCACUUAUCGCCUUAAUCGCUUGUACCUUGAUAAUAUGCGGAGUGAACGAUUGUGUUAGACAUAUUCUUGCUUAUUAUAACGGUACGUAGGUAUAUGGUAUAGGGAGCCUGCAGAAAGGUAUAAUAAAAAUGACUGAAAUAUUAAUUCAGGUCAUUUUGGAGGAAGAAUCGAACAAAUGACAGGUGAUCCAACUCGUUUCGAGAUGGUUUUAUUAUUAUACCGACCCGAUGAAUUCAGAUAUACCUACGUCAGCCUAGAAAGAGACACCAGUACCACUAUAAGACAGCAGUGGACGCUGAUCGGUCAAUUGAUUUUAUAAAAUCAAAAACUGAUGGAUAUUUCAAACAACUGAUAAGAGUGAUAAGAAAUUGAACAGAUUAACUGAAGCGAAUGAAAUUCAUGUACCGUACACUGUAAUUAUUAUCAAGGUACCUGUACCUUACCUGUACCAAAUCCAAACGAAAUUUUGAGAAAAAAAUUCUCAAAACUUGAUUUUUAAAAUUAAAUUUCCCGAUGUUUUUCUUCGAAAUUUUCUUAUUUUGCUAUUGUUCGUUUGAAUAAAGAAAGUGUGUGAUGAUAAACUUAUCUCAAAAUAAAAUUUUUCGUUUCAUAUGUUCUCAACAUUUGAUUAUUUUUUAGCAGAUUUGACGAAUUAUUUUUUCACAGCUUCCCGACUUGAAAUUCAAUUAGAAAUUAAUGCUCAGAGUGUCAAAAUACACCGAUUGGCCAUUACUAUACACUUUUCACUAUAAUUUUGGUCAAAUUCUCCAAAUUCGCGAUUUCUUAUUCUUUAAUGGAUUAACUACCUAUUAAGCGUUCAAUAACUUGUGAAUCAACAGGACCGUCAAAAGAGGGGGCAAAGGGGAGAGCCCGGCAAAGUGAGUACAAGAUCAAGAUGGAAAUUUCUAAAAGAAAUAAAAACAAAAAUAAAGUCCUCACAAAACAAUAUUGUUUUUAUGCCUGUCGAAAUACAGAUUUUCAAGAGCUUUCGCCCUCGCUUGGGCGUUCUGCGCUCUUUUUAAAAAUCAACUUCCUUCAAAAAACAUCGUUCCAAUUUUAAAAUUUUAAAAGCCAAAAAAUAAACUCCUCGUCCUCACAUUAAAAAAAAAAAAAACAGUUUUUAUACCUCUCGAAACAUAAAUUUUCAAAAGCUUUCCCCCUCGCUUCGCUCGAGCCUGUUCUCUUUUCUUUUUCAAAAUUAACUUCCUUCAUAAAAACAUUAAAAUUCUAAAAAAUUUUAAAAACCGAAAAAUAAACUCCUCGCAUUAAAAAAAAUCGUUUUUAGGCACCUCGAAAUCUCGCCCUAGCAUUCGCUCGGGCUAACUUGUUUCUCAUUUUAUGAUAAACAGAUUUCACAUUGAGGCUUCCAAAAAUUAAAAAAAGAAAAUAAAAAUUUUCACUAGUCAUUUGAAUAUUAUAUCAGUCGGCAAAAUUGAUAUUUUUCUCCCAUAUCAGUCGACACCCCUCGUCCCCUUCUCAUGAACCUCAAUAUAGCUUCGGCUUUAGAAAUCAGGCCCAACGUGAUAGUGAUAUUUGUCUCAGACCCGCAUCGACUCUCGACGGCCCUGUGAAUUAAUUAAUCAAUCAAAUUAAUUAUUACGUAGUUCUAUUCCUUCAACUUUUUCAAAAAAAACAAGCAGUUGAUUCUUUUUCAGAUUGUUUACAAGAUCAAAAUUAUUGAUACCAGACUAGUGUACUUAUUUGGACUUUCCUUUAGGGAAAAAACGAAAAUUAUUCAAUAAAAAUGAUUACGGAGAGUCCACAAGGGUACAUCAUAUAUUGUUAUUUCUUACUUUGUAACUUCGGAAGAAGGUCCUACAGGCAAAAAAAUAUUUAUCCUAAAGAUACUGCAAUGAAAAAUUUUUCAAAACGCUUGUCUUAUUUUUUUACAAAUUUUUUGAAAAAUUUCACAAAAAUGAUAAUGGUAAAAAGAUACCUACCUUUGAAGGAAUGAGAAUUUCAAUAAAAAUAGUUCGAGAUUUAAAAUUCAUAUAUAAUAAGCAAGACGACUCGAUCUACCUUCGUAUUCAACAGAUAUAGAAAAAACAAAAAUUCAGACAUUUUUUAUUUUUCACCUUAUUUCACAAUAAUUCCUCUGUACUUCUCAUCCCACCCAACCGAUUUUCAAAAACCAUAACAAUUAAAUUUUUACAAAAAUUCACGUCUACUUGGCAGGUCUUAGUACGUAAACGAAAUAUUAAUUUACUGCAUUUUUACUUGGAUAAUAAUUUAUUACUUGCUGUAUAAAAAAUAAGUAAACAUUUCCCAAAUUUUAUAUGAUUAAAACAUUCAUUCUAGAAAUUAAAAUAUGCAUGUUGGAUUUUAUUUACAUUUUUUUUUUUUUUUGGCUUUUGAAAACAAAUUUCAUGACACGCGAUAGUUCAAGCAGACUUUGUUAUGGCACUCUCUUUUGAGUUGCCAAACUUUUUAACAAUCUUGAAGCGAAGCUACCAUCGUGUUUCUGCCUUCUAAGAGGUUUCGCAGAUUUCCGAAGACUAAAAAUACAAUUUGGCUGAUUGAAAAAUCACACAAACUGCGUUUCAUAAAGAAAAUCUCAUCAAGCUUCAAAAACAACUCAAGCAUCCCAGCUGAAAUUGGUCGUUAACUAAGCUUUCAUUUAAAUUAUUUCUUUUCGAAAACCGGAACGAAACGAACGAUGUAGCAAAAACAUAAUGCAAACAUUGCACCUGACCGCCUGACGAUAAACGUUGAUAAGGUGAAGACGAAAAGAAUUUCUCGUCGAGCCGAAUCUACACUUUUUCACGAUUAUUAUCAAAGAAAAUUUUGAAACUUGUAUUUUUCCCGAAAUCUUCACUGAUCAUUGAUUCUCAAUUCAUCAUCAUUUGGGAGAAAAGGCCAAUGAUCUCUGGACAUCUCUACAAAUAUGUACUUUCUUAUUCUCAAGCUUUCACUAUUUUCCCCCAUUAAACAUUUGUAUUACCUACAUACGAUAUAAACCUUGAAAAAAUUAUCGAUGGAGUAAAAUUGGUAUGAAUAAUUUUUUCAAUGCCAUUUAGGUUUAUACUGCUAAUAAUGAUUGUAAUUAAGUCGCUCAAUAACUUAGAUUUAAACGCGUUUUAUAAAUGAUUAAAAAUUAUAAACAUUGAAAAACCA